GUAUCUUUCUUUCUUUCUUUUUCUUUUCCGGUUCUUGACUGGGGGCCGGCCUUGCGCGUGCGGGAAUCUUGAUCUGCAAAUACGGCGACGAAGAAGAGACAGCGUCGCCAUAUCUGACGCGUGAUUUCCGGAUGCAAUCACUUCUUCAUCACUUGAAGGAGCGCACGCUUGGCUAGGGCGACGACAGCAGCGACGACGACGACGACGACGACGACGACACCAGCGGGGUGUUCGUGGACAUAGAAAUCCCGCGAUCGCCGCCGCCGCCGCCGCCGCCGAGGAGCAGCCGACCCACAGAUCCGUGGACAGAUCUGGGCGAGAGGAAAGCUCCCCACCCUCUUUUUUUGCUGGGUUUUCCGCCCCUGGAUGCCGGCGAUGGCGGCGGCCUAACUGCGGAGCUCCCUGUUCAUUGGCGAGCGGCCUCGUCCUCGAUCUCUCUUGUUGAAGGUACCGUCGUUUCCCCUUCGAUCCCAUUUGAGAGCAUCCGUCCACGGCGCCGUGCACCGCUGAUCCUCCGGCGACCUGCCGAGUCGCACCGGAGGGAACCGACGUCCUCCUCCUCCUCCUCCUCCACCUUUGAGCUUCCCUCCUAUGGAUCACAUCAGCGCCUUGCCAAAAGACGUUAUCACCCGCAUCUUCUCCUUUCUCCCCUUCAAAGACGUCGUGAAGACCAGCGCUCUCUCCAGGGGGUGGCGGUACACUUGGACGACCACCACCCCCCACCUCGAGUUCGAUGGACUCUGGCAUCGCAAUCACGAAGCCAGCCCCUCGGGCUUCCAGUCCCUCGUCGACAGCGUCCUGAGGCAGUGCGCCUCGGCCCCGGUGACGAAAUUCCACAUCACCCACUUCAGCGAGGCCGACGGUCCCAAUCUCGACCUCUGGCUCCGCUUCGCGGAGGAGCACCGCGUGGAGGAUCUUCGCCUGCGGCUGAUUGCCAUUUCGGACGGGUUGAGAUAUAAACCGCCGCUGUUCCUGUAUUGCUUGAGUCGGUUGGUGCGCCUGGAAGUCAGUGCGUGCUGUUUCUGGUUGAAAGGGGCUACUACAAUUUCGUGGCCUCUUCUUAAGGUCUUGUCGAUGGAAGAUGUGGAGUUGAGCGAUGAUAUCCUCGGGAGCAUUCUCAACGGAAGUCCUGUUUUAGAGUCCCUUACAUUGGCCUGGUUCCGGGGCGUGAAGAACAUUGUUAUAGAUUCUUCAACAAGUGUGAAAGACUUGCUACUCAUUGGCGGCAGUUUCUCUGAAUUGGAGAAAAUUAGGGCCCCGCAUUUGCUGUCGUUGUGUGUAUCAGGGACGUGGUAUCCACCGAAGGGGCUAAGGGGUAUAUCACUUGACGACAUAUCUUCUUUGGUGGAAGCCAAGUUAGAUUUUGUCAUUCCAACUGCUUGGCCUGGUGCCAAGAGGAUGUACCGCUACUUGUUGAAGGAACUUCUUGAGAAGCUGCGCGGAGUUCCUACAAUCACCAUUGGUGGUUGGUGUUUGCAGAUAAUGUCCCAUUUGGAGAUGGAAGGAGUGCCGUCUCCAUUGUCAAAAUGUCAGAAUCUGAUACCAGAGGCACCAGUUAGUCAACUGAACCUUCCUGGGAUAGCAUACAUGCUGCGAAGUUCACCGUGCCUGGAAAAAUUAGUCAUACACCUGACUGACUUCCUCUUUGCACGAAUGUUUAAACAGCGAGUUAAAUUUUUGGAAGCACAUAAAGAUGAUCAAUCUCAAACUCUAUCUGUUCCAGCAAUUGAAAUUUGCUCAUGGCUCUGUCAGUCUACUUAACAUUUGUGCAGGGCAAUAUUAAGCUGUUUUAGUUAAUGUCUUAAAGUAACUGCAGUGUUGUACUGGAGGUUCUUUUGCUGCCAUGUAGCGUUAGGAUCUCGAACUAAGAGUUUAGUGAUGAGAACUUAGUAAGAGAACAUGUUUUUAAUGUGUAAACAACUUUAAGAGCUUAAAUUGAAUAAGAUUCGUUAUAAAGUAAAA